AUGACAGUCCUGAACCUGUCCUUUGCUGCAUGUUUCUUGGGGGUCUACCACCUGGGUGCUGUGGGGGCCCUUCUCCACCAUGGGGAUAAGCUGCUGGGCUCCCUCAGGGCCAUACUCUGCAGGGAGGGGAUAGAAGAGUAUCUGCCCAGUGAGGCUCACUGUCUGGCCAUUGACCGCCUCGAUGUCUCAGUAACACACUUCGAAAGUUGGAAGAACUACAUCGUAUCCAGUUUUACCUCCGGGGGAGCUCUUCUCCAGGUUCUACUGGCCAGCAGCUUUGUGCCUGUCUAUGCUGGAUUCAAAGCAGUGGAAUUCAGAGGACAGUCUUUACUUCUAGAUAUGAAAUGGAUGACUGGCAGUCUUCAUAGAUUCUGGUUUGGAGGGUUCACUGACAGCCUGCCAAUUCUGCCCAUUGGACAAGCCAUCACUGUGUCUCCCUUCGCUGGACUGCAGGAUGUGUGUCCUGUCCACAGGGGGCACUUCAACACUCAACUCAGACUGGCCAACAUGAACAUAACAUUCUCCAUGGACAACAUCAAACAUCUGAACCAGGCUCAGUUCCCUCCAUCCACCAGCAACAUGCAGUCCUUACGUGAAGGUUUCGAUGAUGCCGUGAGGUUCCUGAAGAGAGAGACCUGGAUGAGCUGAUGGUGAGAUCCCCCGGGGUGGGUGGGUUGCCCAGUAAUCGGAACAUCGGCGGUUUGAUCCCCGGCUUGCCCCAGCCCGCAUGUCGAAGUGUCCUUGGUCAAGAUACUGAACCCCAAAUUGGGGCUGUGCCAUCGAUGUGUGUGUGAAUGAUUAGUUUCUUUCUGAUGAGCAGUUGGCACCUUGUAUGGUAGCAUCUGCCAUCAGUGUAUGAAUGUGACAUGUAGUGUAAAGCACUUGUGACUUGUGAGUGAUCAGAAGUCUAUAAAGGCUACAAAUACAGUCCAUUUACCAUUCACCAUCCCCUCAUGGAACAAACUGACGAAGUACAAUCAUGAAGCCAAGUACCUCUUACAGAAAUGUAAGAAUUAAUUUUAUGGUUUUUUCUGUAUUUAUUGCCUGUGUGAUUUGUUUUUCUUAAUGCAAUUACAAAAAAUAUCAAGUAUUUACUUUAAGUGAUGCAGAGAAACUUCAAACACAUUGAUGCAGCACCUCUGUGUGGACUGACUUUUAUGUGAACAUCACCUGUGAGGGUUUGUUUGGCUAAAUCCUUAAGAUGCCUUUUCUCCAGGAUCAAGGCCUCAGUGUAUAUUUAUGAAGUAGAGCAUGAAAAGGUGUGGAUCAUUGUGAGCUUCAAUCAGAAGUCUUAUCACACACAUUCUGGGCCUUUUCCUCUGCUCUGUGACAGCAGCUGAACACAAAGAAAAGCCCUCAUGUUAACGUGGGCUCUUCAUCAAUUUUCCAAGGAGGCAUUUAAUUUCCCCCAGCUUGAACCAGUGAACUCUGGACAUGAGGAUGGAGCAUCGUCUUUAAAGAGCAAGAUGUUUCUGCUGGGUUUCUCUGCUGCUGGGUUACUGUUUGAUUUACUCCAGCGUCAGGCGGCGUGAACAGGUUCUCCAUCAGGUUUCAGCCAGUUGAACUGGUGUGUGAAACAAACCCAAACCUAAACCAGCUAAUUAAAGCAAACAUCCCGAAAACUUGAAAGGAAAUGGUGUUCCAGAAUCCUGUUUAAUCUGGCAAGAUAGUCUUAAAACAUACAGGAAAGCCCCCCGUAA